CUUCCUCCUCCUUCCUCGUAGUAGAGCCCAGAUCCUACUCCUCCAUGGCUUCAGAAUCUCCUCAAUGCAAGAUUUUGGCUCUCAGGGUGUCCAUCCACUGCGAGGGAUGCAAGAAGAAGGUCAAGAAGGUGCUUCAGAGAGUUGAUGGCGUGUCCAGAUGCGACGUCGAUGGCCGGAGCAACAAGGCGACGGUCACCGUCACCGACAAGGUAAGUGCCGACACUCUCAUCGGGAAGCUGAGGAGGGCCGGGAAGCAUGCUGAGCAGUGGCCGGAGGAGGAGGAGGAGGAGCAGCAGCAGCAAUCCAGUGGCAGUCAGUGCCCUGGAGAAACCAAGAACCAAGCUGCCGAGCCGGACAAGUCCGGCAAGCCGGUUGAGCCUGAGAAGGCGGCCUCCGGCGACCUCGCGGAGCCGAGCGACACAAAAGCCUCCCCCGAAGAAUCCAAGAAGAGCGCCGGCGAGGAUGCGGCGCCGGCCGAAGAAAGUGGCGCGGAGAACACCGACGCCAAUGCCGGCGACGGCGGCGGCGGGACGGCCACAGCGCAGGAACACAGUGAACUCAAGAGGAGAAGGAAGCAGCAGAAGCAGAAGCAGCCGCCGGCGCCGCAGCAAGAGGACAAGGCAGGCGAAGCCACCAUGGCGGCGGCGACAACAACAAUGCAGGGCAGCCAUACCCAUACGAGCCACUACCCGGCGGCGCCGGUGCAGCAGCCGGUGCACGUCGUGAGCUACAACGUGGCGCGGCCGAUGUCGAGCGCCGCAUGCUACGCCGCCGCGCCUGCUGCAGCGGCGAGGCCGCCACCGCCGCAGGAGCACCCGGACGCGUACUCGACGUACCACCACUCGCAGCCGUUGCCUUACCGCUACGGCUACUACUACAACAACUACUACUACGGCGGCGGCCACGCGACGCCGCCGAGGAGCGCGGCCUCGCCGGCGAGGAACUCCUACGGCGAUCUUUUCAGCGACGACAACGCCAACUCCUGCAGCGUCAUGUGAAAGCAAGCUAAAAAAUUUAGUUAGCUAAAAUGAAAUAUUCGGAGUUGCUAAACUCAUCUUAACUAGCAUAUUUAAGUCGUGCUACUAUUUGUAGAAAUAUCAAAGGUAGUUGGUUGUAUCAGAUGAUUCUAUCUUGUAGUGUUGAGCA